GGGGAGGAGGGCGGAGGUAUGCAGACUGCGAGUCAGAGUUUCCCCCCCCCCCCGCCCUUGAAAGCCUCAAACGUGUCCACGUCCUCAAAAAGAAUGGAACCAAUUUAAGAAGCCAGCCCCCUGGGCCACGUCCCUCCCUCGGUCGCUCCCCCCCCCCCCGGCCCCCGCAGUCUCCUCCCAGUGUGGCCGCCCCGGCCCCCAGCCCCAGGCCUCCCAUUGGUGGAGACGCUUUUGGAGGCACCCUAGGGCCGGGGAAACUUUUGCCAUAUAAAUAGGGCAGAUCCGGGCUUUAUUAUUUUAGCACCACGGCGGCAGGAGGUUCUCGGCUAAGUUGGAGGUACUGGCCACGACUGCAUGCCAGCUCCCGCCAGGUGAUACCUCCGCCGGUGACCCAGGGCCUCUGCGACACAAGGAGUCUGCAUGUCUAGGUGGUAGACAUGCUCAGCUUUGUGGAUACGCGGACUCUGUUGCUGCUCGCAGUAACUUCGUGCCUAGCAACAUGCCAAACUUUACAAGAGGGAACUCCAAGAAAGGGCCCCACCGGAGAUAGAGGACCUCGUGGAGAAAGGGGUCCACAAGGCCCCCCAGGCAGAGAUGGUGAAGAUGGUCCCAUUGGCCCUCCUGGUGAACCUGGCCCGCCAGGCCCCCCUGGUCUUGGUGGGAUCUUUGCUGCUCAGUAUGAUGGAAAAGGAGCUUCACUUGGCCCUGGACCAAUGGGUUUAAUGGGACCCAGAGGCCCUCCUGGUGCUAGUGGAGCCCCUGGUCCUCAAGGUUUCCAAGGACCUGCUGGUGAGCCUGGUGAACCUGGGCAAACGGGUCCUGCAGGUGCUCGUGGUCCACCUGGUGCUCCUGGCAAGGCUGGAGAGGAUGGUCACCCUGGAAAACCUGGACGCCCUGGUGAAAGAGGAGUUGUUGGGCCACAGGGUGCUCGUGGUUUCCCUGGGACUCCUGGACUUCCUGGCUUCAAGGGUAUCCGGGGACACAAUGGUCUGGAUGGACUGAAGGGACAGCCUGGUGCUCCUGGUAUCAAGGGUGAACCUGGAGCCCCUGGUGAAAACGGAACUCCAGGUCAAUCAGGAGCUCGUGGGCUUCCUGGUGAGCGAGGACGGGUCGGUGCCCCGGGCCCAGCUGGUGCCCGUGGCAGUGAUGGCAGUGUUGGUCCUGUGGGUCCUGCUGGUCCCAUUGGGUCUGCUGGCCCUCCAGGCUUCCCAGGUGCACCCGGUCCCAAGGGUGAGCUUGGACCUGUUGGCAGUCCUGGUGCUUCUGGUCCUGCCGGUCCCCGUGGUGAAGUGGGUCUUCCAGGUCUUUCUGGCCCUGUUGGACCUCCUGGCAACCCUGGAGCAAAUGGCCUCACUGGUUCUAAGGGUGCUGCUGGCCUCCCUGGUGUCGCUGGAGCUCCCGGCCUCCCUGGUCCCCGUGGUAUUCCUGGCCCUGUGGGUGCUGCCGGUGCUACUGGUCCUAGAGGACUUGUCGGUGAGCCUGGUCCAGCUGGCUCCAAAGGAGAGACUGGUAACAAGGGUGAGCCUGGUGCUGCUGGUCCCCAAGGCCUUCCUGGCCCCAGUGGUGAAGAAGGAAAGAGAGGUUCCAAUGGUGAACCUGGAUCCGCUGGCCCCGCAGGACCUCCUGGGCUAAGGGGUAAUCCAGGUUCUCGUGGUCUUCCUGGAGCUGAUGGCAGAGCUGGUGUCAUGGGUCCUCCUGGUAAUCGUGGUUCAAGUGGUCCUGCUGGAGUCCGAGGCCCCAAUGGAGAUUCUGGUCGUCCUGGAGAGCCUGGUCUCAUGGGACCCCGAGGUCUUCCUGGCUCCCCCGGAAGCGUUGGCCCAACUGGUAAAGAAGGUCCUGUCGGCCUUCCUGGUAUCGACGGCCGGCCUGGCCCAAUUGGCCCAGCUGGAGCAAGAGGCGAGGCUGGCAACAUUGGAUUUCCUGGACCUAAAGGCCCCACUGGUGAACCUGGCAAACAUGGUGAUAAAGGUCAUCCUGGUCUUGCUGGUGCUCGGGGUGCUCCAGGUCCUGACGGAAACAAUGGUGCUCAGGGGCCUCCCGGACCCCAGGGUGUCCAAGGUGGCAAAGGAGAACAGGGUCCUGCUGGCCCUCCAGGCUUCCAGGGUCUGCCUGGGCCCUCAGGUUCAGCUGGAGAAGUUGGAAAACCAGGAGAAAGGGGUCUUCCUGGUGAAUUUGGUCUCCCUGGUCCUGCUGGUCCAAGAGGGGAACGUGGUCCCCCAGGAGAAAGUGGUGCUGCUGGUCCUUCUGGUCCUAUUGGAAGCCGUGGUCCUUCUGGACCCCCAGGACCUGAUGGAAACAAGGGUGAAGCCGGUGCAGUUGGUGCUCCUGGCAAUGCUGGUGCAUCUGGUCCUGGUGGACUCCCAGGAGAGAGGGGUGCUGCGGGGAUACCUGGAGGCAAAGGAGAAAAGGGCGAAACUGGUCUCAGAGGUGAAAUAGGUACCCCUGGCAGAGAUGGUGCUCGUGGUGCUCCUGGUGCUGUAGGUGCCCCUGGUCCUGCUGGAGCUACAGGUGACCGAGGUGAAGCUGGUGCUGCUGGUCCUGCUGGCCCUGCUGGUCCUCGAGGUAGCCCUGGUGAACGCGGUGAGGUUGGUCCUGCUGGUCCCAAUGGAUUCGCUGGUCCUGCUGGUGCUGCUGGUCAACCUGGUGCUAAAGGAGAGAGGGGAACCAAAGGACCUAAGGGUGAAAAUGGUGUUGUUGGUCCCUCCGGUCCCGUCGGAGCUGCUGGCCCAUCUGGUCCAAAUGGUCCCCCUGGCCCUGUUGGAGGUCGUGGUGAUGGAGGUCCCCCUGGUAUGACUGGUUUCCCUGGUGCUGCUGGACGGACUGGUCCCCCUGGACCCAGUGGUAUUACUGGCCCUCCUGGUCCCCCUGGUGCUGCUGGUAAAGAAGGGCUUCGUGGUCCUCGUGGUGACCAAGGUCCAGUUGGCCGAACUGGAGAAACAGGUGCAUCUGGUCCCCCUGGCUUUACUGGUGAGAAAGGUCCCUCCGGAGAGCCUGGUACUGCUGGCCCUCCUGGCACCCCAGGUCCUCAGGGUCUUCUUGGCGCUCCUGGUAUUUUGGGUCUCCCUGGCUCUCGAGGUGAACGUGGUCUGCCUGGUAUUUCUGGUGCUCUGGGUGAACCUGGUCCUCUGGGCAUUGCUGGCCCUCCUGGGGCCCGUGGUCCCCCUGGUGCUGUGGGCAGUCCUGGAGUCAAUGGUGCUCCCGGUGAAGCUGGCCGUGAUGGCAAUCCUGGAAGCGAUGGUCCCCCGGGUCGUGAUGGGCAACCUGGACACAAGGGAGAGCGUGGUUACCCUGGCAACAUCGGUCCCACUGGCGCUGCAGGUGCACCUGGUCCUCAAGGCUCCGUGGGUCCUGCUGGCAAAUAUGGAAACCGUGGUGAACCUGGCCCUGCUGGCUCCAUCGGUCCUGUCGGUGCUGUAGGUCCAAGAGGCCCUAGUGGUCCUCAAGGCAUUCGGGGUGAAAAGGGAGAGGUUGGUGACAAAGGACACAGAGGGCUCCCUGGCCUUAAGGGACACAAUGGAUUACAAGGUCUUCCAGGCCUUGCGGGUCCGCAUGGUGAUCAAGGUUCUCCUGGUACUGUGGGUCCUGCUGGUCCCAGGGGUCCUGCUGGUCCUACAGGCCCUGUUGGCAAAGAUGGUCGCUCUGGACAACCUGGUGCUGUCGGACCUGCUGGUGUUCGAGGCACCCAGGGUAGCCAAGGUCCUGCUGGUCCUCCUGGACCUCCUGGACCUCCUGGCCCUCCUGGCAUAAGCGGUGGUGGUUAUGAUUUUGAUGGAGACUUCUACAGGGCUGACCAGCCUCGCUCACAACCUUCUCUCAGACCCAAGGACUAUGAAGUAGAUGCUACUCUAAAAUCCCUCAACAACCAGAUUGAGACCCUUCUUACUCCUGAAGGCUCCAGGAAGAAUCCAGCUCGUACUUGCCGUGACCUGAGACUCAGCCACCCAGAGUGGAGCAGUGGUUACUACUGGAUUGACCCUAAUCAAGGAUGCACUAUGGAUGCCAUCAAAGUAUUCUGUGAUUUCUCUUCUGGUGAAACCUGCAUCCAGGCCCAGCCUGAAAACAUUCAAGCCAAGAACUGGUACAGGAGUGCUGCAGCCAAGAAACAUGUCUGGUUAGGAGAAACCAUCAAUGGUGGCAGCCAGUUUGAAUAUAAUGUAGAAGGAGUGACCUCCAAGGAAAUGGCUACUCAACUUGCCUUCAUGCGCCUGCUGGCCAACCAUGCCUCCCAAAACAUUACCUACCACUGCAAGAAUAGCAUUGCAUACCUGGAUGAAGAGACUGGCAGCCUGGAUAAGGCUGUCAUUCUGCAGGGCUCCAAUGAUGUUGAACUUGUUCCUGAGGGCAACAGCAGAUUCACUUACACUGUUCUUGUAGAUGGCUGCUCGAAAAAGACCAAUGAAUGGGGAAAGACAAUCAUUGAAUACAAAACAAACAAGCCAUCUCGCCUGCCCUUCCUUGACAUUGCCCCCUUGGACAUCGGUGGCACGGACCAAGAAUUCAAAGUGAGCAUCGGCCCAGUCUGUUUCAAAUAAACGAACUCAACCUAAAUUAAAAAUCAAAAAGGAAUCUGAAAAAAUACUUUCUCUUUGCCAUUUCUUCUUUGUCUUCUUUUUUAACUGAAAGCUGAAUUCUCCCAUUUCUUCUGCACAUCUCCUUGCUUAAAUUGUGGGCCACAGAGAAGAGAUUGACCAGAGCAUUGUGCAAUACAAUUUCAUUAACCCCCUCUUCCUCUCCCCCUCCCCCAAAGAUUUGGAAUUUUUUUCAACAUUUACACCUGUUGUGGAAAAUGUCAACCUUUGUAAGAAAACCAAAAUUAAAAUUGAAAAAUAAAUAAAAACCAUGAACAUUCACACCACUUGUGGCUUCUGAAUAUCUUCCACAGAGGGAAGUUUAAAACCCGAACUUCCAAAGGUUUAAACUACCUCAAACACUUUCUUGUGAGUGCGAUCCACCUCAUUAGGUGCUGGCCUAGACAGACAUCAACUGAGGUACUUAUUUUGUUCAUAAUGCAAAGGUGCUAGUUAAUAGUAUUUCAGACACUUGAAGAAUGUCGAUGGUGCUAGAAGAAUUUGAGAAGAAAUACUCCUCUGUAUUGAGUAGUAUUGUGUGGUGUUUUUUUUUCUAAAUUGAAUUAGCAUCCAUAUUUCCCAUCUUAUCCCCAACUAAUAGUAAGCGGAUCACCUCUUCUUUAGACUCAGCAUCUGUUCUUUGCCAUUUUCAUUCUCUUUCAUGGUUCCAAAGAAGCUUUGUUUCCUGGACAAGCAGAAAAAGUUAAAUUGUACCUAUUUUGUAUAUGUGAGAUGUUUAAAUAAAUUGUGAAAAAAUGAAAUAAAGCAUGUUUGGUUUUCCAAAA